UUCUCUUAAUUCAAAAAAGAAAAAGAAAGAGACAGUACAGUUGUCUUUAUAUCAGUUCCAAAGCACCCGCCAUUCUUCACAGUCAUAAUCAAAGGCAAAUCAAAAAUAUACUUCCAAAUGGAUCCGGAAGCCUUCACGGCGAGUUUGUUCAAAUGGGACCCGAGAACGGUGGUGGCGCAACCUAACCGUCUACUGGAGGCACUUGCGCCGCUUCCGCCACAGCAACCUCCUUUGCCGAGGCCGAGGGAGUUAUUAUGCGGGUUGGAGGAAUUGUUUCAGCCUUACGGGAUACGAUUCUACACGGCAGCGAAGAUAGCUGAGCUAGGGUUUACAGUGAACACGCUCUUGAACAUGAAAGAUGAAGAGCUUGACGAGAUGAUGAACAGCUUGUCUCAAAUUUUCAGGUGGGAUCUUCUCGUCGGUGAGAGAUAUGGAAUUAAAGCUGCUGUUAGAGCUGAAAGAAGAAGGCUCGAAGAAGAAGAUUCUAGAAGAAGAAAUCUAAUUUCGGGAGACACUAACACUCUUGACGCUCUAUCUCAAGAAGGGUUAUCGGAGGAGCCAGGGCAGCAAGACAAGGAAGCGGCGGGGAGCGGCGGCGGAGGAGCAUGGGAGGCGGUGGCAAUGGGCGGAGAGAGAAAGAGACAACAACAGACGCGGCGGAGGAAAGGACAAAGAAAGGUGGUGGAUAUUGACAACGAUGAUGAAAAUGAUAACGACGAAAAUGGCGGUGGUUGUGGGUACGAGAGACAGCGAGAGCAUCCAUUUAUUGUGACAGAGCCGGGGGAAGUGGCACGUGGAAAAAAGAACGGUCUAGAUUACCUCUUCCAUCUCUACGAUCAGUGUCGUGAUUUCUUAAUACAAGUUCAAAACAUUGCCAAAGAGCGUGGAGAAAAAUGCCCUACUAAGGUGACCAAUCAGGUGUUUAGGUUCGCAAAGAAGGCGGGAGCUAGCUACAUUAACAAGCCGAAAAUGCGACACUAUGUGCAUUGCUAUGCGCUGCAUUGUCUUGAUGAGGAAGCGUCUAAUGUGCUGAGGAGAGCUUUCAAGGAGAGAGGAGAAAAUGUUGGAGCAUGGAGACAGGCUUGUUAUAAGCCGCUUGUUGCCAUAGCGUCACGUCAAGGGUGGGAUAUAGAUGCUAUUUUCAACGCACAUCUUCGUCUAGCGAUUUGGUAUGUGCCGACUAAGCUUCGUCAACUAUGUCAUGCUGAGCGCAAUUGCGCUACGGCUUCCAGCUCUGUAUCCGGUGGGGGCAAUCAAUUGCCCUUUUGAAGUUUUAGUGGGAGAAUAGCUUACAGGAUCUGGCAAUGGAUGGUUGCAUUUCGAAUCCAUGUCUAUUUGGAAUGUACUAAUUAAUUAGAAAUCUAAGUUAUUGUGAUUAGAUUAUGAAUUACAACCGAAUCGGACCCAUUUUCGACAAUUCAUGCACAAUAAAUUAACAAAUUUCAUA